GCAUCGAAUCGCACGUUGCCUACAACUAUUACCUACGCCUUGUUGUGGUGUGUUGUGUGUACAUAAACAAUAUGUUGUAUACUUCAAGAUUUCGUGUUAAAAUUAACAUAUAAUGCGUUUGUUACUGACAUGUGAUACAAAAUGGGUUUGUUAACAUAAUAAACCUUAAUUUUUGUUAAACUAUAAAAGUCUGAUCAAAGCGAGAAGGGUGUUCAGAAUGCAUCAGGCGCAUAUACAGCGAUCUAUUUCCGGGCGCGGGCGUCGGCCCUAUUCGUGUAAGCCUCGCUCAUUUUGAACUAAAACAUGCGCGAGCUCGGCCGCGGGGGCUCACUCGUGGCUGCCACCAUCGCGGCAUUACACAAUCGUACCGUAGUCGAGGAAAAGCCUCGAUCGGUCAAAUCACGAUCGACCUCCGCGGAGAUAAGAAAUGUUGCGCGCUCCAUAAGAGAAGAAAAUUUUGGUGAAAUUCGCUCGCGAAGAAUAUCCGGCGGCAGCGAACGUCCUCUGUCUACAGCGUCUGAAGCCUCAGAACGGGACUCGGCUUCUGUGCAGUCCAGUGAGGAACCGCCCCCACAGGAUAGCGGUGAUUCAGACAGUCCUGAUGAAGCAACAGUGAAAUGUACUACCUGGACAGAAGGCGCUGUAGCUGCAGCUCGAACUGGAUCAUCUGACACAGAAUCCAGCUCCUCCAGCGCAGAUGACUCUGAUGAACAAGAGUACGAAACUGGAGGCUGUGAUGCGGAGUACCGGACCCUGACGCCUAGUAGGCGGCUAGAUAAUUCUACUAGACGUGAUGAUGAUUUUACUUGGAUGCCAACCGGAAAUAUGGUAGACGAAGGAGAUGAACGUGUCUCGGAAUCUAGAGUCGAUGAUUAUUCCGCAGCCAGUUUGGAAAGACGUCGACGUACUCCGGGCGAUCGGCAAGAUCGUGACCGCAAGUCAAGGUCGUCGUUAACAUCGAAACCGCCUCAACACCCAACAAGUGUUCGCGCAUCUCCUCGGCCGCGGCGUUCUCGUAAUGAGGAGACACCUCCAGAACUGCAACGGCGAUGGAAUUCCUACGAGCACUUCCGGUGGCCGGAGGGAGGGUGGUGGCCUCCAAUGUGUUGGUGUCACGGACCUCCAGUGCCACCGCCGUGUUAUAUGCACGACAGAGCUUGGCCAUCUAAUCCCUCAUUACCGCCAAUGCCCACACGAAGUUAUAAGAACGAUGCGGAGGAUCGCGUUCGCCGGCUCGAGGCAGACAAAGAAAGUUUGCAUCUUCAGGUGCAAGUGUUGUCGGAACAAAUCGCCGCGCAGACCGAGAAGAUGACAGACCUAGAACGCGCGCUGCAGGAUGCAAGGCAGAGGCUGGACGACGCUGAACAAAGAUUGCAAAAGGAAAUGCUGCAACGUUCGUCUCUCGAGACGCAGAAGUUGGAGUUGUUGUCGAAACUAAGUGAAGUGAGGCUGCGUGCGGCCGAGCGCGGCAUUCUAGAACGUUCGCCGCCGCCGCCCGAGCCAGUGGCCGCCAUGCCCAUCGCUAGACCUGCGCCCCCUAGAACACCGCCCGCAAACUACGGUCGUACGAUCGAGCGCAACACGCACAUGUAUUCGUCGUUGCCGCGCUCUUCUGUGGUGACGUCAGAGGCGCGCGUGGCCUUCGGUAAACAGAACAACAUGGUGGUGGCGCGCGGCCGAGGACACUCUGUGCCCAACCUAGCGGAGAAGGAAGAGUCGUCUGGUCGCAGCAGUAGCCCAGGGGCGGCAGCAUUACGCGCGCGACUAGAGGGCGGGGACGCGCGGUCUUUGCGGCCGGCCAGACCUUCUACGCCAAGACUGCGCACGCAUCCCAUGCCUUGGGAAACGAUAGAUGUUCGCGAGUGGGACUGUGAGACCACCUGUGGUUGGCUUGAAAGCCUCGGUUUGGAAGUAUAUGUACCCGCCGCUCGUACUUGGCUCGGUGCUUCGCCCGAUGCGCGAGGACAGUUAGCGGCCGCCUCGCAUAACGCCAUUGAGAAGGAACUGGCCAUCAAACAUCCUUUGCAUAAGAAGAAGAUAUUGCUCGGCCUCACUGAUUUGCUGGGCGGUCACGGCGACCCGCUACUGACACUGGCGGGGCGGCUGGACACGGCGUGGACGCUGCGCUGGCUGGAGGACGUGGGCGCGUGCGGCGCGCGGGCCGCGGCCGGGGACGCCGCGCUCGACGCACGACUACUGCACCGCCUCACGCACGCCGACCUGCACGCGCAUCUCCGCGUCACGCACGCGCUGCACGCGCUCUCCAUACGCAGGGGUAUCCAAGUCCUCCGCGACAACAAGUUCGACCCGGACACGAUGAUCCGGCGCGCGGCGGAGGGCGAGACGGUGGGCGCGGAGGGCUCGCCCGAGGCCUGCGUGCCGCCCGAGCUACUGGCGCGGUGGUCCUCGCACCGCGUCAUGCAGUGGCUCAAGGAGAUCGACCUCGCGGAGUACGCGCCCAACUUACGUGGCGCAGGUGUUCACGGAGGCCUCAUGUUACUGGAGCCGCGGUUCACGGCAGAACUUCUGGCUGCUUUACUAAACAUUCCAGCCAACAAGACGCUACUGCGGCGGCAUCUCACGCAGAGAUUCAACGACCUGCUAGGCCGAGAUGUAAUACAACAGAAGCGUAACGCGGAACAAACGCUCGGAUAUCAACCUCUUACUGCUACUACCAAAUACAAGGUACCAAAGAAAAGCCAGUUCUCGUUGAAACGUAAGAAGAGUAAGGACGACUUGGACCUCGGCGACCUCGUGUGCCCUCUACACGAUGACUGCUCAGGUGACAUAACCAACUCGCCAACGAUGAAAGUAAGAUCAGCAACAGCGGACGUCGCGUCGGCUGUCUCUCCCCCGCGUGACGAGGCGAGGGCGCAAUAGUACCACUGCUAUACUAACCUAUGUCACUCUAGGUACGUCAUCAUUCAUCAAAUACUAAUCAGAAUACUGCAAACUACCACCAAAGCGUAAGAAGUGAAAAAGAAAACAAAAUCACGUCAGCGAAACAUUUACUAAAUUCUAAUAAUGAACUACAAUUAAUACAAUACAGGUUUCAUAAUGUCAUUUUACUAUUUCGCUGACAUUUUACAACACUGUCUGUAUAAAUAUAACAUUAUUAUUGGAUGUUAGGCUCGCGGAUAAUAAUUAUGAAGUCCUUUAUGAAAAGGGCAUAUAACAAAUGUUUUAUACGUAAGCCUAUUUAAAUUAUAAAUUUCAGCAAUGAAUUGUUAGAGAAAAAACUCUAAAACAAAUAGAUAAUUAAUAUAAUAUUAUAAUUAUGUGUCAAGAUAUUGUUAAAUGAAGAUUCCCUCUAUUUUUGUUGGAGAUCGUAAGAGUUCUAUUGCAUUUUUUUCAAUGGACCACAGAUAAAUAAAGUCUGCCGUACUCAGAUAAUGGUUACUUGAAACUAUUCGUUAGUAAGGAUUUUGUUCCUAAAAGAAUUUCUAAGGACGGCGGGUAAAGUGUUUGAAUUUCGUUUAAUACUAUGUAAAUUAAAUUAACAUUAAUUAAUUGCUGAGCAGCAGUAAAAUUAUGUGAAUGAAAAAAUAUUAAUUCCGAGGUCUUUUUCUAAUUUCGACAGUGUGUUGGUGCUAAAUUAUGUAUUUUGGCGUUCAGCCCUAAAAGUAAAAAGAAAGAAUAUUUAAGACUUAGUCCUCGAAGGUGAAAUGUGUGUCCAAGGUAUUAAUUGAAAUAAUAAAGUUAUGUAGUGUUUAAAACAGAUGUAAUAUUGUAUGCAGCUGCCAAAAAUCAUGAGAGAAACAAACAAUUUUAUUGUAGGAUUAAUGAUGGUCGUCAUUCAACUUCGUUCAUAUUGGGACAGCAAUUGUGUUUUGCCACAAAUUGUUGUUCGUGAUUCAAAGUGUGAAAAUUGUUUUAAAACAAUCAUAACGCAAGAGAAAGCUAAUGUAGUGAAGGGCAUUGUCUUUUAAAUGAAAAAAGAUAUAAUAUACCUUCACUAUACUAUAAAAAUAACUAAGAUAUUGUAAGAAAGUUCUUCAAACACACGUGAGAUUGAGGAAAAAUGCUUAGUAAUUUCAUCACAUUUUAUACUUUAUUACUUUUGUCAAGAUCAUAAGUAAUUAUGUACAAUAGUCAUAAAAAAUAUUAGGCGAGUGGCGACCGAGAAUAAUAGAUAUUGAUGUAAUCAUUUAUUUAAGAAAAAUAUUUAUUAUACCUCUAAUUUAAUGGUUAAGUGAAUAUUUCUGGAGUUGUGUGUGCUGGUUGAUAUAAUGAUAGAAUGAAAAAGAAAUCAGAUUAUCAAGCGAGCAAUAGACAUUCCAUGAUGUUUUUAUAUCAAAAUGAAAUUGUUUAUUAUGAAAGUGAACACAAUCAACUAACUUUGCAUAUUCAUAAGUAUUAUAUACAGUUGUUACAAUUUUUGCCGUACUUAGCGCUUUUACAAGUAAUUAAGUAGCUUAUUAGGAAUCGACUGAAAGGCGACAAUAUUAUUCUGGUCUCUUUUCCACUUCCUGGAAAUACUUUUUCAUAUAGUUAUAAGAGAUUAUAUACCAGUUUAUAAUAUAUUUACUUAUAUAGAAUAGGGACAGCUUCAAUAGUUGUUUCUGGAAUUCUUCUUGUUUGUUUAAGAAAUGUAUUAUAAAUAAUUAUAUAGAUGUCUUUAUAAGCAUUACCCUGAUUAAACAUCCUGAGAGUCUGUUACAAAUAUAUUAUAGCGUUUAUUUCAUAUGUCCAAUGUAUGUGAAGCAAACAUUCAGUUGUAUUUAUAUUUCUGUCGCACAAUGUUACGAAGUUUGUUUUGCUAUGUUAAAACAUUUACAAAUGAUUUGAGUUAUAGUAUAGUCCACGAUCCUGUUCCUAACACGUUGUGCCAAAUGUUAUACCUACAUGUUGUAAGCCCUUUACGAUAGACCCUCGUCUUCCAUAGGCUUUAUAAAUAAAAGUUAAAAAACUAGCGAGUGAAUAAUUUCACUAAUGUAUAUCAUUAAAACAACAAAGUCUUUGUACAAUUACGUAUUAAAACAUUUUUACAAUAUCUUAAAAAUAUAAAAUAAAGAAUUUUAAAAGUUUAAUAAAUACUGAAUGAACACAA